AUGACUCAAUUAACAGCAAGCGCACUAGCUGCCCAGGAAAAAUCGCAUGCCCAAGGAAGAGUCGACAGUAUGCAUUCGCAUGCUGCCAAGGUCGUACACGAAGAACGAACUCAUCAGUACUUUUCGCAACUCGGAAUUUUAAAAGGUAUUGAUAUCAUUAAUGCAGAGUAUUGGGAUGGUGGGAAUACUGGUGCUUGUACCCGGACCGGGACUGGUGCUGGUGGUUGCAGUAGGGCGAACAGGGAUGAUGCACUACCAGAUACUGCUAGACGCGAUAACAGCGACAACAGCAACGGCGGCGAUUUAUUGCAAUCAUUGAAGAUUUUUGUUCCACAUUUAGUCGAAGAUUCGGGGACAACUCCCCUUGAGAGAUUUCUGACACUUGGAGAAUCGACGGAUCCAUCGUACAUCCGGCAUCCUGCCCUGACGCAAGCACAGUACUAUGGCAAUAUGGACAGUGUCGAAACUCGAAUAAGUCAAGCACAUGUAUCGGCAGACAGGAUCAUUAGUGAGGGACAGGCGAGGAAGGGGAGUACGGGUGAUGAACAUAUGUACAAAUGA